AUGUCCCGCGCAUCGAUUGGCGACUAUGUGGUCACGAGUAAGCUGGGCAGUGGCUCGUUUGCCGUCGUGUACAAGGGGUACCACAAGACGAGCAACGUGCCCGUGGCCAUCAAAGCGCUCUCGCUGUACAAACUGAACGGCAAGUUGCUGGCCAAUCUCGAGAUGGAGAUCGCCAUCAUGCGGCAGAUCGACCACCCGAACGUGGUGAAGCUCUACGAGAUCAAAAAGACGGACAAACACAUGUACCUCGUGCUCGAGUACUGCGCUGGAGGCGACUUGCAGCAGUUCAUGCGGCGCCACCAACCGAAGGCGCCGCCGCCAGCCAGUCGCCCGUGCUUGCCGGAGGCCGUGGCGCGUCAUUUUCUACGGGAACUGGCCACGGGCAUGCACUGUCUCUGGCUCCACAACCUCAUCCAUCGAGAUUUGAAGCCGCAGAAUCUGUUGCUGGUGGAAGACUCGCCCACGUCGGCGCUCAAGAUUGCGGACUUUGGGUUUGCGCGGCAUUUGGCCACGGCGUCGAUGGCCGAGACGCUGUGCGGGUCUCCGCUGUACAUGGCUCCGGAGAUAUUAAAGUUCCAAAAGUACGAUGCCAAAGCUGAUCUGUGGUCCGUGGGAACGAUUUUGUUUGAGAUGGUGGCUGGACGUCCGCCUUUUGGUGGAGCAAAUCACGUGCAAUUGUUGGCGAACAUUGAGCGCCAGCCGCUGCGCUUUCCCUCGACGUUACAGCUCUCGAGAAGCUGUCGCCAUUUACUGGUGGCGCUGCUGCAGCGGAAACCAGCACUUCGUCUUGGAUUUGCAGAGUUUUUUGCGGACCCGUUUGUGGAUUUGCAACCGUUGACAGAGGAGUUGGACUUGGCGGUAGCGAAGCAGUCUUUACCGAGUAUCUCGGUAAACGCAAGUAUCCGAGAAGAAGAGGAAGACAGCAAGCACGAGCUUCCAGGACGUUGGCGCGUAUCUGCUGCUCGUGCAGGUAGUCGCGAUGAUCUGAACGGGAGUAAUGCAGUGGUAUCGCCGGAGUCUCGCGGAGGACCUAAUGAUAAUGACGAACGCUGUCAUGAGCCACCAGUUUCGAACAAAGUGGGAUCAAGCUCGCGGUUUGCAAGUACAGCGCCACCGACGAUGACGCGCCAGUCACGCAGUGGAAACCUGGAAGUCAUGGAGAUUGCGUUUGCCAGUGCAAGUUCUGGGUCCGGGGCUCUGCGUCGGUCGUCUUCGUCACGGCUGGCGCGAAGUCGACGCGCCUCAUCUAGUGGUAGCGGAUUUGUAGCCGGCACCAGUCCUAAGCUGAGCCCGCAAAUGAGCCCGCACAUCUUGCCUAGUCCUAGCCCGAGGAUCAACCCAUUUAAGCGGUUAUCAGAAUCGCCUCCAGGUGUUGCAGCACUUCCCCAGCUGCCUUGUUCAGCGUCUGGUUCGUAUCCAGUCGACACGCCUCCUGUCAGCUGUCCGGCUGAUAGCAAUGCGAUUGUCACUGCAAAGCAAAAAAGCGUCGGCGGUGGUUGUGGGCAUGCAUUGGACAGCAGCGGCGAAUACGUGCUCGUUGAUGGGGUACCAGAGAAAAUUGUAGCAGGUGGGCAAGGCCCGCUUCCAUUCGUUCCGCGUGCAAACGAGGCAGUCAAUGCGUUGCCUAUAAAGAUUGAUUUGGCAACAAGAGCAUUACCCAUUGCAGGUCUUCGCAGUGCUGAUGCCGGGUCUUUGUCUCGUGAAUGCGGUCAGCAGCUUUUCGAUGUUGUAGCACUGCGUACUCAAGCAAUUGCAUCGAUUGCUGACCAGCUGUGGGCAUUAAGUACCGCUGGUAAGGUGCCAUUGGAUUCGACAAAUGACAGCAUUGACGAACCGGUCGGGGGAGAUUGGUCACCUCAACAGACAAUUUGUAAGAGCAAGCCUUUGUCGAUUAUACGUGGUAAGCGGGUCAGCAGGGGUGAUUUUUCCUCCAUUUUCUCGAUGAGCAUGUCACUCAGCUCAUCGGUCGAAGUGAGCAGUAUGCCUGUUGAAGAUGAAGACGUUGAUGACGAUGAAGACGAGGAUGAAAGACGUAGCGCCGAACGCCGCUAUAUGUGCGCUGCCGAAGCACUCGCGUUGUAUGUCAAAUGUCUUCGGCUCCUACAGCACGUUGUGCUGUAUUUGCGACACGAUCCUGCAUUUGAUACCGCCCGAGAUAUGACAUCAUCUCGUGGGUCGAUCGGGACUUCGUCAGAACAGAGUGGGGGGACGAGUCAGAAAGCAUCUACGUCUUUUUUGUCUGGUCAACUGACUCAUUACCUAAGUCGCGCCGAGCAGUGCAAGACCCAAAUGAACAGCGCUGCACGCUUUCGAGCUCCAAUCCGGAUUGUCGCAUCGCAGGAAGAAUUGCUGUACACGCACGCAGUUCGAAUCGGGCGGCAGGGUGCUAUUCGAGAAGUUCUGGGCCACAUUCGAGCUGCACAUGAUCAUUAUCUGCAAGCGCUUCUCCUGCUUGAAAGUUUGAUGAUGGAUACGUCAAGUGAGAAGAUCGGAGAGCUAGGCGUGGACGAUCAGAAAAAUGUGAACGAUGUUCUGCUCGCACUCGAAAUGCGUUUGAAGAAUAUUCGGACAAUACUCGAGAAGGAGGAAGGCUCUGAUGUGAGCAGCAGAAACGUGCAGGGCGCGUCCCGAUCUCAACACUAG